AUGGGCAACUCUUCCAGUGGUCACAAGCGUAGACCAUCACUGGACGACGAUGUCCUCUCGGGCGUUCUUGCUGGUAAAAGAUAUGUAUAUCAGAUGUCACAUGACACCCCUGCCGAAGAUUCCGUGAUUAGCUUUGUCACUGGUAAUUCUGCCGUCCAUGCUAUUGCGGAUCAACUCCGUGAUUCCAGACUUUAUGACUCAGGCGGCAAACCAAAUUUAUUCCUUGGAGGACCGGCUCCAGGUCUAGAUAUGUCAGAAGAAAAUCAACCUUUACAGAGUGUACCAACUGUCUUUAAGUGGGAUGGAGGAGGAAAAGAUGUUUACAUAAGUGGAACAUUCAACGGUUGGAGGUCGAAAAUCCCGAUGGUUAAAAGCUCAAGUAAACACAACUUUUAUACGAUCAUUGAUCUUCCUCUUGGUGAACAUCAGUACAAAUUUAUUGUUGAUGGGCACUGGAAGCUAGACCAAAACCAGCCUGUCUUUACUAGUCCGACCGGUGUUCAAAAUAACGUGAUUCAAGUCAAAGAGUCUGACUUUGAUGUGCUUACUGCUCUAUCUCAUGAUAUGGCCAAUUCUCGUGGUGGCAAUGAUGAUCGAUCCUCAACCUCACAAGCUAUUCCAUUUCAAAUCAAUGAUGGAAAAUCUGAUGCGCCAGGAGCAUCAGAAGCUGAAAUUCCCCAUGUACCAAGUUCCGGAUCUGGUUCACCACCUGGUGAAUACAGCCGCUUUAUUCCUGCCACACCAUUGGAAGCUUUAUCCCCGCAAACUGGAAGUGGAGGAUCAUUACCUUCACCAGCAGUUCAUAAUAGUUCAAGUGAUCCUAAGAAAGCAUUAACACCUCCGUUAUUACCUCCACAAUUACUUCAGGUAAUUCUUAAUCGAGAUACAAAUGUUCAAUGUGAUCCAAAUUUAUUGCCACAACCAGAUCAUGUGAUGGUCAAUCAUAUGUAUGCUUUGUCUAUUAAGGAUGGUGUCAUUGUUCUCUCAGCUAUAACACGUUACCGGCAAAAAUUUGUCUCUACUGUAUUAUACAAACCGAUAUAA